UCUCACCACACUACUCAAGCUUUUUCCUUUAUAGCAAAAUCAAAUGGCUGACAAGGCCUUGGCUAUGAUUGCUCUCCUCCUCUCAGUGAACCUCCUCUUUUCCUUAGUCUCCUCCACUUCAUGCCCCCCACCACCUCUCAAGCCUAAGCCUUCACCCAGCCCAUCCCCUCCCUCUGGUUCUUGCCCCCGUGAUGCACUCAAACUCGGCGUGUGCGCAAAUGUUCUGAAUUUGAUCAAGGCUAAGGUCGGCCACCCGCCAAAGGAGCCUUGCUGUAAGCUCCUCGAGGGCUUGGUUGAUCUCGAGGCUGCUCUGUGCCUUUGCACUGCCAUUAAAGCCAAUAUAUUGGGCAUUAACCUCAACGUCCCUGUUGACCUCAGCUUGCUUCUCAACUACUGUGGGAAGACUGCCCCGACUGGAUUUAAGUGCGCUUAGAUUCUCCUGUUGAUCGAACUCCUCUUCGAAGUUUUUAUUAAUUGCUCGAGUGUGGGUCCUUCAUGUCUUAAUUUGGUUCUUUUGUUUCGGGUGGGAUUAAGUUUGUCAAGUUUGUUUGUUGAUUUAAGUUUGGUUUGCUUCUGGGGGGCCGGGAAGCGGCUGUGGUCUCUUUUAUUAUUAUGUUAUUUGUAAACUCAUGACUCAUGAGUGAUUAUUGUUAAACAUUUGAAUAAGAAUUCAUGUUUUGUUAUCUUGAG